AUGGAGGACGUUGCGAGACCGAGAUCGGAAGCGAGCAUUCUCUCACUUGCUCAGCUGCAUUUCGUGGCCGAGCAGACUGCGAAGCAUGAGCGGUACUGGGAGGGGAAGGUGAAUGGACCUCCAUGUCCCAACUUCAACGCGAUCUGGUCUUGUGUUACGCCUGAUUGGCGGAGGGUGUACACUGACUGUGCCGAGUAUGUUAUAUCAAAAGGAUGGGAUUGGGUAUACCCAGAUGACAACGGUUCCCUGAAAACACUCUAUGAGGACUAUUAUGCGCGUAAUGAUCAGAGAGUGGUUCAAGAAUUCUCUUGUCUUGAUCUUGCCGAAUUUAAGGCCUUUAUUGACAGUAUCGAAGGGAAGUUGACUUUCACAGUGUCUAAGGGAGAUGGUGAUGAUGACCAUGUCGUUCCUGAUUCUAUGUUGGUUGAUCAGGAGGAACAGAAACCAGAAUCAGAAAGGGAAGCUGAUUCUUCAGACGAGGAUGUCCCUAUGGCGGACCCGGCUGAGGAGUCUUUGGCGUGCGGAAUCAAGGAUGCUGAGAACGAAGAGAUUAUUGCUUUGGAAAAUGCCGUGGCUAACGGUGCCGACGUGUUGAAGGAGCUCUAUGCGGUUUGUGAAGGCUCUGCUGCUUUUGGCACCGAAACAGACUGGAAAGCUGAGAUCGAGCGGAUCAAGAAAUAUGCGUGCACGGAAAAGGUGAUCAUCGGAGUGGUUGGAAGCACUGGGGCCGGAAAAUCAUCACUCAUCAAUGCGGUCCUUGAUGAAAAGAAUGUCUUGUCGACAGACUGCAUGCGUGCCUCUACCGCUGUUGCAACAGAAAUCUCCUACAAUUACGGAAGCACGAAGUACAGAGCCGAAGUCGAGUUCAUCAAGCAUAGCGAGUGGGAACGCGAAUUGGAAGUAUUAUUCGAGGAGCUCCGAGACAAUCAAGAGGAAGUGACUCGAGGUGCUAUGCUCAAGAAUUCCGAUGCAGCGGUGGCCCUGGACAAGAUCCAGGCGGUCUACCCUAUGAUGACUGCAGAUAAUAUCUUGAACACCUCAGCAGCCGAUCUGAUGGCAAAUAGGAGGGUUACUGAUCUUCUGGGAACCACGAAGGCCUUUGAAGGGAACCACCCAGGAGCCUUCUCUACGAAAUUGAAGUCAUACACUGACAGUAAAGGCAAACGUGGGCGAUCGAUGAAGUCUGCUAGAGAUCAAAAUGCUGCUGAACAUCCAGACUCCGCCAGCGAUACGGACACAGCUAAUUAUGGUAUUGGACUUUGGCCCCUUGUGCGUGUGGUGCGGAUUUACCUCAAAGCACCAGCGUUGGCGACUGGUGCGGUCUUGGUGGACCUUCCUGGUAUAUUUGACUCGAAUGCAGCACGAGUUGCCGUUGCCGAAGACUACAUGAGACGAUGUUCGGCCCACUGGAUUGUGGCGCCCAUAAAUCGGGCUGUUGAUGAUAAAGUCGCCCGUGACCUGCUUGGGAAGAACUAUAAGUCACAAAUGCAGAUGGAUUGUGCUUUUAAUGACAUGACCUUUAUUUGCACAAAGACCGAUGAUAUUGACCCGACUGAAGUCAUCCAGUCUCUGGGUCUCGAUUUGCCAGCAUUCAAUGAGGUUCAACAGCUGCCAGCCAGGGUUGAAUCAAUGAAGAACGAAAUCGACUCUUUGAAGGAAUCCAAGAAACAAAUCUCCACGCAGCUCGAUUGGAUAGAGACCGAGAUUGAAGAGCUUGAAGAACGUCUCAACGAUGAGUUCGGCUGUGAAAUAUUGGAGAUCACCCCAAAACGAAAGAAGCCUCACGGACAUGAGCCCUCUGAGACGUCAGCAGUCUACGAGACAAAUACCGCGGAGCUUUCGGAGGUGGACAAGCUUAAGCACCAAUUCUUGGAGCGCAAGGUUGAGCGCAGAUCCCUACGGUCUCAGCGAAAGCAUAUCAACAAACAAAUGGAGGACAAAGAGGUGGAGCUGCAGAAGCUUGAAGAUGGAAAGAAAGAUAUGGAACACAUUGUUCUGAGCUCCUGCAUAGAGGCGAGGAACAAGUUUUCAAAAUGCCAAAUCAAGCGGGGCUUUGCCUUGGAGAUUCAAAGUCUGGACCAGGAAUUUGCAGACGACGCCGAAAACCCGACACAGGCCCCAAUUGGCGAUUAUGACGAGCUGGAGAGAAACCUACCUGUUUUUUGCGUGUCGACCAGAGCGUACCAAAGUCUUCGGGGACGCUCUGAUUUGGCAAAGGUCGUUGGUGGCUUCUCGCAACUGGAGGAGACCGAAAUUCCGUUCCUGCAGCAGCAUUGUGUAAAGCUCACCGAGAACGCCAGAGAAGAGUCGUCCCGAAGGUUUCUUACUCAGUUGAACGAGCUCUUUCAGUCGAUGACACUUUGGUAUUCUGCGAGAUCGGCCGCAAAUGUAUCCGAACAAAGAGUGAAGGAACUCAAGGCCGGUUUGGAAUGUGCUCUGGAUGCCCUAGACGAAGAUAUGAAAGCGCAUAAGAAUCGAUUCAACCGUAAUGUCAGGAACAUAUUCCACCAGAAUAUCCUGAGCAAGCUCAGCGGAGCAUCGCGUCAUGUAAUCCUCCAGUUUCCCGAAGCUGUUUCGCGCUGGAAUGAGGGAUUUCGAUGGAUGACCUACAAGGCCAUCUGUCGCCGGCGAGGAGUAUAUCGUACUACUGACUGGAAUCGCGACCUAGCCCGACCGUUGUUUGACAAAAUCGCUGCUGCUUGGAGGAGGACUUUUACGGAACUACUACCGCAUGCGAUGCUUACUUUGACGGAUGAAUUGGAAGUCGUGCUGGGGAAAUUCCACAGAGAGGCCAUUGAUUCCGUCCAGCAAGAUGUCUCCGAUGAGACUAAGAAGAGAUUGCAAGGCAACCUCGUCGCAUGCCAGCAGUCUAUGCGUCAGCGAUUCUUAGAGCUAGGGAAGUCGACCACGCUGGAACAGAAGCGCAUCAGUCGAGCCUUUGCAGAGGCGAUCGCCGAGCGACUUGAAAAGACCUACCGGGCGUGUGCCUCCGAGACGGGAGCAGGAAGCUUGAAGCGCAGCAGGGCAUUGAUGCAACAAGUGGCAGACGAUCACGCCGACGACGUUCUUCGAGGCAGUACGGAUCAUGCGAAGCAUGAACUUAUGGAGCUUCUGGACAGUCAGGAAGCCGAAGUGGAUCGGAUAAUCCAGUCUCGACUACGGAAAAUAUCACGGGAUUAUCAUGGAGCGCUGAUCGUGCCACAAAUCCGCAUGUGUUCGGAAGAGCAAGUGCGGAUUAAGAGCGAGGUCGAGCAGAUCAUCCAGAGAGCUGAGGCAAAGUUACAGCUGGGCCACCUUUUGGGAGGAGUUCGUUCUUCGUAA